AUGACACUUGCUUAUUCAUUUGUUUGUUCUAUAUAUGUUGUAGGCCUGCUGGCUUCUGUUGUUCUGUGGUUGAAGAAGGCAUCCUGCUACUGUACUGCUUUCUGCAUGGUGCUGUGCAUGCCUGGUUUUGGCUGCUGCUGUCGUUCUGCUGAGCUUGUUGAUGUUGGGACAACUUGUUGUGUUGCUGGUCUCUACUGUUGCUGUUCAUCUGCUAAUGUUGGUCGCUUGCCUCUCAAAGAUUGUAGUCGUUGUAGAGAAUUGUUAAGAUCUUGGAAAACCUAUUUGGCGCCUAAAAGAUCGACUAUUGAAGCAAUCCAUCUUCAAUUUAUCCCCGGCAUUAAUACUAGAAUAGCAUCAGCCUCGGAGGUAGUACCACUAGCUAUUCAAGUCACUGUUUUUGGAUGCGGUGGUGUGGCCGUCGGAUCGCAAUAUCUUCACAAAACCUUUGAUGGGGCUUCUUGGGGAAAUUUUCUCAACACCUGGGCUGCUGUUGCUAAUCAUCAGGUAGAUCAAAAGAUUGUUAAGCCGGAUUUUGCCACCGCAAUCUCUCUCUUUCCUCCGUGUACCUGGGCUUCUAAGAGGAGUUCGAAGAUCUUAACGACUCGAGCAUUAGAUAGAGGUAAUCACGAGGACGAGGAUGAUGAAACUUGUGUUUUGAAAGCUUUAGUUUUUACUCCCGAAGCCAUUGCUAAGUUGCAGGCUAUGGCAAAGAGUGAGCUUGUAUAUAAUCCAACUCGAAUCGAAGCGCUUUCGGCCUUUAUUUGGAAGCAUGCCAUGGCUGCUGCUGCUGCCGUCACCGCCGCCGCCUGCAAAUCCAAGGUUAAUGUGAUCGGUCCUUCGGUGUUGAUUCAUUCGGUGAACAUACGUCCCCGAACCAAUCCACCAAUACCAUCAACGGCAAUUGGAAAUUUGAUAAUUCAUGCAUAUGCAUCCUACAAAGAGGAGAAUCAGCCUAUAUCAGCUGUGGAUCUAAAGGAUCUGGUUGCUGAAACUCGAAAGGGAUUAUCAGAAGCAAAGGAUCCCGAGUUCUUAAGCAAGUUUAAAGGCGAGAAAGGGGCCAAAGCCAUGCGCCAGCACAAGCAGAAGGUAGUAGAUAUUAGCAAAGAUAAAAAUAUAAACACAUACAAGUUCACUAGCUGGAGUAAACUCGAUGUGUUACCAAACUUUGGAUUUAUAGGGAUGCCUGUUUGGAUUGGAUUUACUGGUGGUAAAUUAAGCUCAUUGUUUAAAAAUCUCAUUACAAUGAUCGAGAUUCCUGAUUGUGGUGGGAUUGAAAUUUGGUUGAUAAUAGACAAGCAAGAGAUGUCCGUCUUACAAACUAGUGCGGAAUUCCUUGUAUUUGCUUCCUUGAUUUCUUGACCUUAUUUCAAAAUUGAGGCUCCCAACUUUUUCGCUUUAUGUAUUUGGGGGUAUUAAGUGCUUAUAAUUUGAAUAAAAAUACUUUCAGUUAUAACAUAAAUUACUUACCAUUUGCCUGGUUUUUUUUUUUUUUUUUUUUUUUUUUUU